AUGUCACGCUCAAGCAAGCACCGCCCACAAUUAACAAAAGACGAAGAUAAAGAAAUCGAAGAAGCAUUCGAUGUUUUUGAUAUUGAUAAAUCAGGAACAAUGGAUUCUAAAGAACUUCGUGACGCAUUACGCGCAUUAGGUUUCGAUGUCACUAAGGCAGAAGUAGAAAAAAUUAUGAGCAGAAGAGAUCCAAAUGGAAAUGGAUUCCUUACAAAGGAUGUUUUCAAACAAGUUUGCGCAGAAUAUAUUAAAACCCGUGAUCCAAGAACAGAAAUCCUUCGUGCCUUUGCUCUCUUUGAUACAGAUCAUGAUGGUCUUAUCGAUAUCGAAGAUCUUAAGAAAGUAUCCAAAGAAUUAGGAGAUGAUCUUCCAGAAGAGGAACUUGAAAUUAUGAUUUCUAAGUUUGACAAGGAUAAAGAUGGAAAAAUUAAUAUUGACGAAUUCUUUAACAUCAUGGAUCCAACACAUGCUGCCCAUUAA